UAUAGUAAUUCGUGGGAGCAGGAUAUGUUGAUGUAUGUGACAAUCUGUGUGCUCAGCGUGCAAGAGAAAGGCAGAGUGAUUGGCUGCUUGAGACAAAGGAGGCCUCACCUGCCAGGUGAGUGAGGCGGAGGAGAGACAGUCAGAGGAGAAGGGAGGAAAAGAAGCGGGGCGAGAAAAGUUGACUUACCUGUAGCCCAACUUCUGGCAGCUCGCGCACUCUAUUACCUGCUCCGACUUGAAAGUCCAGUUUCACAAGGAAGAACCGGAGAGGAAGCAAAAUAUGUCACAGGAGACAGACAAUAAGCGUCUGGUUGUGGUCGUUCCAAACGAGAGCUCCUUCCCUGCAGUGCGGCGUUCUUACACCAGUGAGGACGAAGCAUGGAGGUCGUACCUGGAGAAUCCACUCACAGCUGCCACCAAGGCCAUGAUGAGCAUCAAUGGGGACGAGGACAGUGCCAACGCCCUCGGCCUGCUCUAUGACUACUACAAGGUACCUAAAGAGAAGAGACUUUUGCCGGUCCCCAAAGUCCCUGAAAUGACAGAGGAGCAGGAGAAGAGGUCUACUUUGCCGAACAAUCCCAGCAGCCAGAGUGAGGCAGAGACGGUGGACAACCGAGUCCAGGUCCUCAAAUCCGUCCCUGUUAACCUGUCACUGAACACGGAGCACCAGGAGGCCAAACGGGAGCAGUUCAGCAGCUCGACCGGGGCGACAGCAACAUCAGCUUCAGGAGACGGAGCCUCACCGGCUGUUGCUGUGGUGAAGGCCGAGAUGUACGCGCCGGUGUUCAUGACAGGGGUGGGGCUUCACUACAGGGUGGAGGGGGAAGAGCCAGCGAGGGUGAUUUAUGAGCAGAGUCCAUAUGAGGUGACCACUGUCAGCCACAGCUCGUAUGUGAAAGAAGACCAGCAGAGUCCACCUGACAGCCCGUACGAUGAGGAGAGAGAAGCGCGAACUCAACAGAAGUAUCACACACCUUCCUCUCUGUCUACAGAUGACUUUUUAUUUCACCAGGAGGGAAUUGACAGUUUCCAGUACACACUGGAUGCCACUCGCUCGCUGCGUCAGAAACAAGGUGAGGGACCCAUGACGUACCUGAACAAAGGCCAGUUUUACGCUGUGACUCUCAAUGAGCUCAGUGCCAACAAACGCCUCCGUCACCCAAUCAGCAAAGUCCGGAGUGUAAUCAUGGUGGUGUUCAGCCAAGACAAGAACCGAGAUGAGCAACUCAAAUAUUGGAAGUACUGGCACUCUCGACAGCACACGGCCAAACAGAGAGUCUUAGACAUCGCUGAUUACAAGGAGAGCUUCAACACGAUUGGAAACAUUGAGGAAAUCGCCUACAACGCCAUUUCCUUCACAUGGGAUGUAAAUGAAGAGGCAAAGAUCUUCAUCACAGUGAACUGUCUGAGCACAGACUUCUCCUCUCAGAAGGGGGUGAAGGGUCUUCCUCUGAUGAUCCAGAUUGACACGUACAGCUACAACAACCGCAGCAACAAACCAUUGCACAGAGCGUACUCAGAGAUCAAGGUCUUCUGUGACAAGGGAGCGGAGAGAAAAAUAAGAGAUGAGGAGAGAAAACUGUUUCGCAAAAAGUCAAAAGGAAAAGAUGGCGUAGGUGUGAUAACUGUCCCCAAGAGGUCUGACACCACUUUUUUCAAGACCAUGACCGACCUGGAGGCUCAGCCUGUCCUCUUCAUCCCGGACGUUCAUUUUGGAAACCUGCAGAGAGCAGGACAGGUCUUUACCUUCAACACAGAGGAGAUCGAGAGAGAGGGGAGCGUGCUGGUGAAGAGGAUGUUCAGGGCGUCAGAUGAAGAUCUGUGUCCGUCACCUCACAAGCAGAUCAAAGAGGAGACACACAAAAGAGUGCUUUUGUAUGUAAGAAAGGAGGCAGACGAGGUGUUUGAUGCUCUGAUGCUGAAGUCUCCCACGCUCCGAGGCCUGAUGGAUGCUAUAUCUGAGAAGUACGGCGUGCCCACAGAGAGGAUAGCCAAAGUGUACAAGAAAAGUAAAAAAGGGAUCCUGGUGAACAUGGACGACAACAUCAUUGAGCAUUACUCCAAUGAGGACACCUUCAUCCUAAACAUUGAGAGCUACGCAGAGGCCUACAAGAUCACACUGACGGAGAUCUGACAGCUCCUCAGACGACCUUAAGGACUGAAGGCUGACACAAAGAGAGAAGCUGUGACUGCUGGUUGGCUGAAAUACGCAAAGGCUGCUACCGAUUGGCUGUUAAGCUGAUUGACAGUAUUGAAGACAGUCUGUCAAUGUCUGGUCUGAUGCUCUCACUGAUCCUACUCUGACACCGUUACUCUGAAGACAGCUGCAUCCUCUGUGCAGGAGGAUAAAUAUAAAUAUGGAUAUUGUAGAAAUAAUCUGAAACUGGUCAUAUAUAACUGCUUGUUGUACCCAUCCUCUUUAUUAUGAGGUGAAAAAAAUGGACCAACAUCUUCCACUUUUCCAGAAUACUUUUAUUGUAUAAAAGAAUUUGGACUUUUAUCCUCAGUAUGUACAGUCCUGUGUUUUUGCCAAAUGACACAUCAGGUGUAGCCUUGUGAAAUAGCUGAUGUUUUGUAUGUAGCUUGAAUUAGUCGGUCCUAAGUGGCAUAGCAUCGUCUCUGCAUACCAGCUUGUUUUUGUUAGUUGUGUUUUUAUUUAUUAUCUAUGUCCAUGUUUUGCAUUUCUUUAUCCAAGGAUUUCAAGUACUUUACAUUUCAGUGACUUUCUCACAGUCACCCUCUUUAUGAGUACUCAAGGAGUUUUUAAAUGGCUCUAUUCACAGCCGUUUUGUUCUAUUAACAAGUCAACAUAUAGCUCAAGUGUUUUAUUUAGGACCUUAAAUGAGAUGAUAAAUGCUGUAAACAACUUCUGAGGGUUGACAAAUGGCACUUGGUUGUGUAGCGCUCAUGUGCUUGGCUGUUGAAAAAGGGAAUAAAGAUGUAA